CCUUCUUCUUCUUUUUGGCUUUACCUUCCAAUGUACCAACGUCUGGAUCGAGAUCAAAAUUCUCGGCAAGACCGUCGAACAACUUCUACUCAGCUGUGACUAGUUCUCGCUACCCAUUUCUGGGCACGACCGGCACGUUGUACAAGACCUCCUGGCACUCGCCGAAUCCGUGAAGUUGGAUCGCUCCUGAUCUAAAAGUGGAUGUCGAGAAUGGCCGGUCGGGCGUUCCCUCAGCCUUGGAGGUCACUCCGAUAUUCUGGUGUUCAGCUUGAAGCCAAGGCGAUCAAAUCAGACACAGAGGAAGCAAGAAAUGACGAAGAUCUGUCACACUAUCUCUCUUCGCAAGCCGUGUCCCAAGUUAUCGGUCGUAUUAGGAAAUAUCUUCUCGUGCUCGCUUGUAGCCAAACGUCGAUCCAUGCCGGAAAGCUGGAGCAAGCUCGGGAUGAGUAUCUCAUAUCAAGAUGCAUGCCGAACGGUUACCUCAUCGCUGCAGAGCUCUGGUUCGGGCACGCGAUUCUCUUCUGCGGUCUCGUGUCUCCUCGUGAAGAAGCCCAUUUCCCCAGAAAAUCGGACCGACACGACGCGUACCAUCCUUUCCAAGUUUUUGUACAUCAAAUUUGGGGGUUACUGUCUUCGUUAGAAACUCGAUGGCAAAACGGCGAUCUCGUCGACAAAUUUCCCGGAGAGGAGACAGGGUUGGAAAUACCCCAAGUUCAAAGACUCCUUGUGGUUUGUGGUAUUUAUAUCUUGUCUUGGAUAAACAUUGCCAAAUCAUAAUCAAGUGAUGAUGAAAUAGUUAACUUGUGCGAAGGCUUGAGUCCAGAUUCUUUCAAUGAAGUUCGGGUCGUUUC